UCUAUUCAAAACAUGAGAAAAAUCCCUCUACAUGGUAGCUGCUGUAGACAGUAGCCACUUAAUUACAUACCAAUUAUUCAUGUCAUGUCGCUUUCCACUAAGCCCUCGAAUGAACUCGAACUCACAAUCCUUGUCUCGAGCCACCCACGUCUCUCGCAGAUUAUCAUCCAUCUAUCAGAUGCUGUUUGGUGCUAUUUUUCAGGGUGACUGUAUCUGAGUCUGGUACUGUUAGUCGCUAAUUACAAGCGUUGCAAAAGAAAGUUAACAUCCUACAGGCGAAGAGACAAUGAAAUGAUAAUGGUUUUCUUUUGGCUCGCAAUUUAAUCAAAUUUGUUUUCUAGUAGAAGUAUGGGUAUGCAAUACUCUAUUUUAAAAAUGCAAGUUUUCUACAGGAUAUUAGGGCGAAUUUAUAAGAUAUAUAUAAGUGAGAGAAACGGACAGCAUUUCUCCGAUUAUUGGAUUUGGAAGUUUCAGACUAAUCCUUGCUCCCAGACUCCCUGUAGCAUACCCACAAGUGCACCACUCAAUACAAGAAGUCUAGAACAGACAGAGCACCUCUCUCUCUCUCUCUCUCACUUACUCUGCCUCUCCAACGAGAUAAAAGUGGCAGUAGUAUAGAGUAACGGAAAAGAGGAAAAAGUUUUUAUAAUUCUGCCAUAAAUGCCUCCUUUGCUUCCUUCGUACCCAUAACUCUCUCUCUCUCUCUCUCUCUCUCUCUCUCUCUGCCUCUCUUUUAGCCUUUUUUCCAUUCUUUUCCAUUGCAUAACUGACCUACCAAGCAAAGAAGCCCGUGAAAGUACUAUAGCAUAUUGCCAAGGUCCAAUUUCAGUUGCCAUGAAGUUUGUUUUCCUUGCAUACUACACUUCUCUUCUUAUCAUGCUCUCUCUUUGUUUCUCCACCUGGGUUUAAUCACCAACGCCGCAGAAGCCACAACCAGAUUCCAAAAUCUCAUCUUUAGUUCAAAUGUCUGAGAACCCAUCUCAGCAACAGCAAGACCAUGAAACCGUGCAAUUUCCUGAAAUUUUUAAGAAAUUCAAGCGUUUGAGACUUUUUGAACCAUCUGUGGGGGUUUUGGGGUUCUUUUUGGUUACAGUUUGUGUGAUUUGUUGCUUCUUUUACUUGGAUUUCAGGUCUGUAAUUAAUAAGGGGUAUAUAGUUCCAGGAAAAUCAGAAAGGUUUAUGUGGCUGCAGUUUAAUGGAUCGGGUCCAAAUAGAAGAGUGGAGUUUUUGGGAGAGGAGGGUGAUGGAUGUGAUUUGUUUGAUGGGGAAUGGGUGUGGGAUGACAGUUAUCCAUUGUAUCACUCUAAAGAUUGUAGCUUUUUGGAUGAGGGCUUUAGGUGCACUGAAAAUGGCAGGCCUGAUUUGUUCUACACAAAAUGGAGAUGGCAACCCAAGAACUGCAACUUGCCCAGAUAUGAUGCUAAAACGAUGUUGGAGAAUCUGCGCAACAAACGGCUAGUGUUUGCUGGAGAUUCAAUUGGAAGAAAUCAAUGGGAGUCCCUCCUGUGCAUGCUGUCUUCUGCGGUUUCCAAUAAGGAUUCAAUCUAUGAAGUGAAUGGCAGUCCAAUUACCAAGCAUAAAGGAUUUUUGGUGUUCAAGUUUCAGGAUUAUAAUUGCACCAUGGAGUAUUAUCGGGCUCCAUUUCUUGUAUUGCAGAGCCGUCCUCCUGCUGAUGUUCCACAGAAUGUUAAGCUAACCCUCAAAUUGGAUCAAAUGGAUUGGAAUUCUGGCAAGUGGAGUAAUGCUGACGUGCUGGUUCUCAACAUGGGGCAUUGGUGGAAUUACGAGAAAACCAUAAGAGGAGGCACUUACUUUCAAGAAGGAAGUGAGGUGAAAUUGGAAAUGAGGGUUGAACAAGCAUAUCAUAGGUCAAUUGAGACUGUGUUGCAGUGGAUACAGAAUACAGUGAAGACAAGCAAGACCCAAGUUUUCUUCCGUACAUUUGCGCCUGUGCAUUUCAGAGGUGGAGACUGGAGAACAGGGGGAAGCUGUCACUUGGAGACAUUGCCAGAGCUUGGAUCAUCAUUGGUGCCACCAGAAACGUGGACCCAAUACAAAAUAGUAUCUGAUGUGCUAUCAGGUAAUGCAAACCAUGUAUUGAAAUUUGAUAUAUUGAAUAUAACCAAGAUGUCUGCACAAAGAAAAGAUGGCCAUGCAUCUGUAUACUAUCAGCAUUCCAAACCCGCGCCAUUGCGUCGACAGGACUGCAGCCAUUGGUGCCUGCCUGGAGUACCCGACUCAUGGAAUGAGCUUCUCUAUGCAGUGCUACUAAAGCACAAAACUAUGAAGACAUAUAACAUAUCCUUGUUCAAUGCACACAGUUUUGGUUAAGAAAGCUCUAGCUCUUAUUUAUACGCCAGCCCUGAAGACACGAGUUAAGAUGCUUGGAAAUGAUUCCAAUGUUUCUGGGGAUGACAGAAGAAACAGAAUAUGCAGAGUGAAUUCUGUUAUUGUUUGACAGAAAUGGUGAAAACAGAUUAUCAGAUUUCAGCGGAUGUUUGCAUUUGAUAAAGCUAUUGAUCUGGGGAGGCAAUGGUAGUGAGUGGUGGAUGUGCAUAAGAUUUUGGGAAUAAAAUUAAUGAAUUGUAGAGAUGUAUACAAGAAUAGUGUUUAACUCUUUUUUUUUUUUUUUAAAAAAAAAGAUGGGUUGAAAUUUAAAUUUAAAA